AUGAGAUCUGCUACCGUUUACUAUGCAAUUAUUAUCGUUUUCUUGCUUUCAGAGGGACAAUAUAUCGUGAUCGAUGGCGUCAAGAAGCGUAACGGCUUUGGCACGCACACAAAUGGAAAGGACAAAUACAUUGGAGAGUGGCAGCUCGACUCAAUGCACGGUCAAGGUGAGAUGAUAUUUUCCUCGGACGCCAGCUACCGGGGCUCUUUCGCAGGCAACAAGUUCCACGGUGAAGGGCGGUACGAGUGGAACGAUGGCGCUACCUAUGAGGGUGGCUGGAGAGAGAACAAGAUGCAUGGGAAGGGGUGUUACUCGGACAGCGAAAAGAGCCGUUGGGAGGGAGACUUCUUCAACGGGAUGUACGACAAUGGUCGCGCAAAGGUGGCUCUUCGCUGA